CCAUGCAGAGCAGAGAAAUGAACUCAGAAAUCAAGGAAGAAAUUCCUGUGCAUGAGGAAUUCACUUUAUGUUGUGGAGUUGAAACCCAGGUUCUAAAAUGUGGGCCCUGGACUAACCUCUUUAAUGAUCAAAGUGCCAACAGGCCUAAGCUGCUCAUUUUCAUUAUUCCUGGUAACCCAGGAUUUUCUGCCUUUUAUGUGCCAUUUGCAAAGGCUUUAUACUCUUCAGUAAACAGGCGCUUCCCAGUUUGGAUUAUCAGUCACGCUGGCCAUGUUCUGGCCCCCAAAGACAAGAAGAUUCUUGCCGCUUCGGACGAUCCAAAUGCUCAAGAAAUUAAGGACAUCUAUGGACUCCGUGGUCAAGUAGAACACAAGGUCGCUUUCCUGAGAACUCAUGUGCCAAAGGAAACCAAGCUGGUGGUCAUCGGCCAUUCAAUAGGCAGCUAUUUUGCCCUUCAGAUUUUGAAGCACGCGCCCGAGCUCCCGAUAAUUCGCUCCUUUCUGCUCUUUCCAACAAUUGAGCGAAUGUCCGAGUCACCCAACGGCAGGAUUGCCACUCCAUUUCUGUGCUGGCUUCGAUAUGCUCUCUAUGUCCCUAGCUACUUAUUACUUAAACCAUGUCCGGAGACAAUCAAGUCCUGGCUGAUCAGAAUGGCCCUUCAAAGGAUGAACCUGCAGAGUGAAUUUUCGGUCCUUAGUGUGUUGGAGCCAUUCUGCCUUGCUAAUGUUGCCUACCUUGGGAGCCAGGAAAUGAUGCAGGUGGUGAAGAGAGACAACGAAACCAUAAAGGAGCACUUACCUAAGCUUACAUUUUACUAUGGAACUAUAGAUGCUUGGUGUCCAACAAAGUACUAUGAAGACAUAAAGAAAGAUUUCCCAGAAGGAGAUAUUCGGCUCUGUGAGAAAAAAAUAGCUCAUGCUUUCAUCCUCCGUUCGUACCAGGAAAUGGCUGACAUGGUCGCGGACUGGCUGAAGGAUGACCUGUCCAAAGUGGACAUCGCGACAUGAGGAAGCAAAGACUGACAGCUGGUGCAUAGGGGCCAUGGUGUACUGACUUUCAGUAGUAACUAGUAGACUCCGUAGGUCAAUGCUUAAUUUCGGUGUUUGAUUAUGGAAGAGAGAAAAAAGUGAAACCCUCUUGGCUUAAAAACUACCCGCUCCCAACGUCCCACGCUACUGGCUGCAGUAAACACAGGUGACGAAAUAUUCCAUAGGUUCAACCACACGUUUUCCAAGGCUCAGGAACACAGUGGCCUAAAUAGGUCUCUGAUGUUUGCCCAGGGGCACCAUGCAGCUUGUCUUGGUAGGCAGGACCCUUGCAGACCAGAGGAAGGCUAAAUGCCGUGAUUCUAAUGGACUUACAUUGUAGAGGAGGCUCUGCUAGGGGAGGUUAGGAAAUGCCUACUAGGAAAUGUAAGAGGUCAGGGAGCGUCCGGUGCGCACUGCAUCUUGCCAGGGGACCUGAGUCUCCCUCAGGACAGAAGCCGAAGAGCAGCCCAAACUAGCCUUGCCGGGGUCUUGCCGAGACCAUCACUAUCAGGCUGGGUACCAGGACAGCCUGCAGACCUACGUCACAAAUCUCCACGCCAGCCUUUUGUCUGGCCACCAGGGGCACCGCCCCACGCAGAGCCAGCAUCGGGGCAGGCACUGCCUGUGUCCGUCCGUCUCUGGGAAGCUUCCCGGAGGAGUGUGAUUCCUGGUCCAUUUGCAUCAGCCAGAAUAAAGUUUGCCAGGCAUCCCUCUGCUCAACUAACCGGCUAAGGUGGAAGGAUCCGGCUAUGCCUCCAGCCACACGACAGCCAGCCAGCUCCGUGCCGAGCCUGGGCCUGCCGGGUGGUGAGCUCCUUGCAGGCUCUUCUCCUCCAGAGCAAGGAUGGGGAGGCCCGACUGCCUCUCAUCAGCCCGGACCUACCAUCAGUUGUCCCUUCUGUGAAUUUCUUCAAUGGAACUCCACUGAGGACCAAGCAGUGAGCCAGGUACUGUGCUAGGCAUUGAGGAGAGUCUUAGCUAUAUUAUGAUUCUUCUGACAACCUCCUAGUAAGUACUUUCCAAAAGGGCAUCCUUAAAUUGCUGAAUAGAGCAUAACCAUAAAUGAUUGUUCUGUUUCCGCAUUAGCAUAUUAGUUGGGAAGAAAUUGUUUUACUAAU